AGUACCGACCCCCCCCCCCGCACCCCACCGCACUCACGCUCGGACUCUUGGGAGUUGUAGUGUUAAUUCGGUCUAGGCCAGAACCAUGGCGGUGGCCAAAGAGCUCUUACAAAUGGAUCUGUACGCGCUGCUAGGCAUUGAGGAGAAGGCGGCAGAUAAAGAGGUGAAGAAGGCAUACAGGCAAAAAGCGCUCUCCUGUCACCCAGACAAAAACCCAGAUAACCCCAGAGCAGCUGAACUCUUCCACCAGCUUUCCCAGGCCUUGGAGGUACUGACUGAUGCUGCAGCCAGGGCUGCUUAUGAUAAGGUGAGGAAAGCCAAGAAGCAGGCAGCAGAGAGGACCCAGAGGCUCGAUGAGAAAAGGAAGAAAGUGAAGCUUGACCUGGAGGCCCGGGAGCGGCAGGCCCAGGCCCAGGCCCAGGGGAGUGAGGAAGAUGAGGAGAGCCGGAGCACCACAACCCUAGAACAGGAGAUUGCGCGCCUUCGAGAAGAGGGUUCCCGUCAGUUGGAGGAGCAGCAAAGGUUGGUCCAGGAGCAGAUCCGCCAGGACCGAGAGCAGAGGCUGAGAGGAAGAACAGAAAAUAUUGAAGGCAAAGGAACCCCCAAACUAAAGCUAAAGUGGAAGUGUACGAAGGAGGAUGAGUCCCAAGGUGGCUACUCCAGAGAUGUCCUCCUCAGGCUCUUACAAAAGUAUGGGGAGGUUCUCAACCUGGUGCUGUCCAGAAAGAAGGCAGGCAACGCCAUAGUGGAGUUUGCAACUAUCAAGGCUGCGGAGCUGGCUGUCAGAAAUGAAGUAGGCCUGGUGGACAACCCUCUGAGGAUUUCCUGGUUGGAGGGACAGCCCCAGAGCACAGUGGACCCCAGCCACCCAGGAUUGCCAACGGGCUCAGUGCUGUCAGAAAGGGACUAUGAGAGUCUUGUCAUGAUGCGCAUGCGCCAAGCCGCUGAGCGCCAGCAGCUCAUCGCCCAGAUGCAACAGGAAGAUGAGGGGCAGCCCACGUAGCCCCAGCUCUGGCCUUCCCACCCCACACCCAUCCCUGAAUCAUGACCAAUAAACU